UUGAAGAAAUGAAAAUGGCAGCUCCUGGUCUGUCCUGUCAGGCAUUUCUCCGAAUGCUGGAUCAGAGAACUGUCCGCUUCGGCCGUACUGGGAAAAUUUCAGGAGACAGCUUUUUGAAAAGUUUUUUUGAGUGGGAGGCUGUCCAGUAUGAGGUGGACAGUAUCUGCAGGGAGGAGCCGUUCACCUGUCCUGCAUGCAGUCCCGAAAUGCUUGCAGUGUGUGUGGACGGCAAUCGCAAACACUACCGAUUCAGGACUGCAGCACGAUCUGAAGAACAGCCGGUGUUUGACGACAUCUUCAUUGCAAAGGAUGACGAUGUCGCAAACUUCGUCCACGACAUCCAAAGCAAAACAAAACAUGCUUCAGGUAGGGGCAUUUGUGGAGGAGAGUGGUCGGCUGCCAGAGAGACCUCCCAAAGAUCUGCCAGCAAGCUGGAUGAGGAGGGACUGGAAAUAGCUGUCUGUCGACAUGGCGUGCUGCUUUCUGCCCUCAACAUGUACAGGGGAGAAAUAUUUGCAUACCCGCUGUUUUUGCAAAAUAAGCUGGCUGUUAAAAGUGCCACAUUUUUUUGCAUGGAUGUCACAUGCAAAUAUUGGCCUUACCUCCAAAAAAUUUCCAAAAAUCUGCCAGAGCUACAGCCCCUCCUCAGCAUGAAACCCUUUCUUUCCGUGCUUCAUGCCAAAGCUCAUGACUUGAAAUGUGAAGUGAAAUGGAGUGGAGCUUAUCAGGAGGGGGCUGGAUUAACUCUGGGAGAAGAGGUGGAGCAAGUGAAUGCCUUCCUGUCUCGUAUAGCUGUGACGACAAAACACAUGUCGAAAGCGGGACGCAGAGACAUGCUGACAUUAUUAUCUAUGCGCUGGAAUCAGCAGAAGAAGAAGAACCUGGCCUCUUCUCUGUCCCACAGAUAUCUGAAAGCCACAAAAGUUCUGGAGGAAAAGUUGCAGAAACUGGAGUCUGUGAAGGCAGAGUUGUCAGUGACUGACAGCCAGUUGGAGGACUGGGUCAGUGAUGUAAGGGAGUGGGCAGAAGCAACAUCUACCAACACAAAUGAGGCUUCUGCCUUGGCCAACAAUAUUGAGGUGCUGGUGGCUGGCAUCAGGAGACGCUCGCAUCGUCUUUAUAUGGACACAGACAGCAACAAAGGGCGAGCCAAAAUCCGCAGCAAGAUCAGGAAGGAGAAAGGGAUCCUGACCUCCUUGAUUGACAGGUACAACGAAAUGGUUCCAAGCACAGAAAGUCUCUGUCUGGAAACCAUCCUGUCUGAAGAUGCAGCAUGGCCAUGGCAGCUGCCACAUAGUGACUCUGUCGACUUCAGGAAAAAAAGAGCGGUGUUUGACCUCGUACAGUCAAUAAGGAGACUGCAGGAGGAGACCAAGGUACUGACCACAGAGAUGAAUCGGCACUGGAAGUCACUUUCAUCGCAGGGGAAUUCCCUGAAAGAAGUGUCCAGUGCAACAAUGCAAGAUUCACCAUGGAACCUCAGUGCAGAUGGGCAGAAAGGUCUGCAAAGCAUUCUGAAACGAAAGCAGCAAGACACUACAGAAAUGAUGGCUGGUGUGAAGACGAAAUAUUUUCAUACAUUGACAGGAGGAGAGGUCAAUUUUCUGGACAGUCUAUCUGACUUUUCUGACAGUGACUCUGAAUUCUCUGACAGUUAGCCAGGAUACAUUUUGUGGUGUAGUUGAUAGGGAUGUCCCGAUCCAUUCCAUCCCCACAUGUUACUGAACACUGCACUGCAAUAUUUUAUUGUCUUGAUUAUUCUAUGCAUGUUUAAUACAUUUCUUAUUUGAACUUUAUUACUAAAUUUUGAAAGCUGCAAUACAAAAUGAAGUCCAUUGUCAUUAUAAUCUUUAUUAAAGCACAUAUAAAUAAAAACAUAU